GUGGAGGUAGAUAUUUCCUCAGUUAAAUAGUGCAAUUUUGUGUUUUCAGAAUGUCCUACAAAUAUGCAGUUAUUGGAGGUGGAAUCGCAGGUGUCACAUGUGCAGAAACUCUGUCAUCAUUGUGUCCAGAUGAAGAUAUUGUUCUUAUUACUGCAUCCAAGCUUAUCAAAGCUGUCACAAAUUAUCAACAGGUGUCAAGGACAUUGGAACAGUUUGAUGUGGAGGAAAGGCCCAUGUCUACAAUGGAGACAGGUUGUCCCAAUGUCAAGGUCGUUCAUAAAAUGAUGAAAGCGCUGGACACAGAUAAACAUACCCUGACUAUGACUGAUGGAACAGUGAUACAGUAUGGCUUAUUAUGUAUUUGUACAGGUGGUAAACCGAAGGUGAUAGCUGAAGGCAACCCCUAUGUUUUGGGUAUCAGAGAUACAGAGAGUGUUCAGGAUUUUCAGAAACAUUUGAGAAAAGCAAGACGUAUAAUUGUUGUAGGCAAUGGAGGAAUUGCUACAGAACUGGUAUGUGAGGUUGAAGGCUGUGAAGUAAUCUGGGCCAUCAAACAUACAUCUGUCACGAGUACAUUUAUUGACCCGGGGGCGGCAACUUUCUGUUUACCACAACUAAAUGAGGAGAAGCCUAAAACAGAUGAACCAAUGAAAAGACGGAAAUAUACAGAACAAGAUACAGACGUAAAAGACAGUUCUGGAAAUCCCAUACCAAGUGGCAGUGCUCUCGGACCAGACUGGGUUAACGAUCUUGAAAUGAAAGGUGCUGAAAAGGGAGGAUAUGCGGUCCAUGUAGAAUAUAAGGUAGAAGUUGCUAGAAUACUUACAAGGGAGGAAUAUUUGUCAUCAGGGAAGACAGAAACACAACAACCUAUUUUAUCUAAGUUAAAUACAGGUGUUCUGCCACCAAGAUACUGGAGCUUAUAUAAGACAUUGAUAGAAACCAAAUGGGUAUGUAGUAUUAGCAGGAAAACAGUGUUCCAUCAGUAA